ACUGUGACCACGUUGUUGCUGCUGCCGCCGCCGCGACUUCUGUAGCUACUGAGGUGCUUCCCUCCCUGCCCCUAAAGCAAGGAAGCUGGUACAUGGAGUUUGCUCCUGGUGCAGCAGAGGAGCCACAGCUCAGGCACGUAGAAAAGGAUGUUUUGAUUCCAAAAAUGAUGAGAGAGAAGGCCAGGGAACUAUGUUCUGAUAAAGUACAAGCCUUCACCAAAUGUUGCCAAGAUUCAGGCUUUCUGAUGGUGGUAAAAUGCAGAGAAGAAAAUGCAGCCCUGAAAGAAUGCGUCACUGGCUACUACAAUGAUCCAUCGUUUUAUGAAGAAUGCAAGGCUGAAUAUUUGAAGCAAAGGGAAGAGUUCAGAGAAACGGGAAAUCGUCGAAAGCAGCAGAGGCUUCCUACAAGCAUGUAGUCAAAGUCUUAAAUGUUUUGGCUGAAACUUUUAACUUUAUAUACCUUUGAUAUCAUGGAAUUGAAUAGAUCUUACAAUCACUUUUCCCUAACCCAAUCUUGCUGAAAUAAAUGGAGCUUGUAUGCUAUCAUAUUGUAAUACAGGAAGCCAGAAGGCGUGAUCCUCUGCUUAAAAACCUCAAAUGAAAAGUCUUCCAAGGAAGGUAAACUAUUCCAUUCAGUUACACACUUUUAUUCACAAUAGAAGCAAUUUUCCAGACACCUUAAGCUAAAUGUAUACUAAUUUUUUUCAGGAUACCGCAUUUAUUUUUCUAAAAGCUCUGAUGUCAUAUGUAACAUCAGACAUGAGGGCAGGUAGAAAGGGCUGCAGAAAGCAGGAUAAGCUGAUGGGUGGAGAGUUGACUCUUCAGUUCUGCGCACCAGCUGAUGCUGAAGUACACUGCAAGCCCUGCUCCAACUUACCAGGGAUUCGCAGAAGCUGUACUGAUUUGUGUAUACGCCAAUCAUGGCAAUCUAAUCCUCACUUCCUCUUGUAGUCUCUCCACCCUGGUUUUUAUUCAUAAGGCCAUGAGCUGUGAAGGAAAAUAAAGUCAAGAUACAUUCAAAUGUCAA